AGCAAGUCCAGACGCCAGGGAUCCGCUCACGUGACCUCGCGAUGAGGAAGAAUUUCCCCGGAGCCAACGCUGGGACUUGCAAUCGACAGUACCAACCUGGAACGCAAACACACAGCACGUCCCCGAUAUGAGUGCAGUACCGUCGUUUCGGGCUGGCCAGCCUCUGAUCAGCCUGUCAAAAACCUGGUGUCGCCAAGCGCAUCGCGCCGCGCGCUACAAGAAGGAGAUCAAGAAGGUGAAAUGGAUUCCUUCACCUCCUGAGGAGGGCCACGGCGAGAAGAUCUGGAUAUGGAGCCACCGGAGGACAGACCAGACAGUCUACACGCUCCGACCACGCUUAGAUGACGAGCACGAGCUCAAGCAGCUCCCGUACAACGGCAAGAAACUCAAGCCCGCGACCCUGCGCAAAGACUACUGGUCUCCCAUGGCGAUCCUCAAAUUCGGCCAGGGCGGAGGGGACAUUGGCCGCUCCGUUUUCCAGAAGCUCCGCGAACUCAAGCACCUCCACGAAGUCAGCUGGCCGCUCGAACUACGCAUCAAGCCCGUCCAAGAAUACUCGAGAAAGGACCACAAGCACAUGGCCGAGGAGAAGGCGGCGGGCCGGGAGAAGGUCCUGUACCGGAAUAAGCACCAGCGCGGCAUGGCGCUUAACGCGCAGAGGAAAAACUCGAUAGCCGACAUGGCGGCCGUGCUUGCGGGGAUGGGCAAGGGGAAUGCCAUGAACAUCAAGGUCAAGGGCGAGGGCGAGGACGCCAGUCUGGAGGAAAAGUUGGCCCAGGUCACGAUUGAGUGGAAGAACGACCAGGACCAGCAGUACGCGGAGGAGUGGACGAGCAAUGUCACGCACGCCUUGAUGGAGAAGCCUGCCUAUGUGCUGGGCACCGAGCCGCCCGCGCCGCAGGUUCAGCGGUCGACUCCAGAGGCAAAUGAAGCGUGAGAAGCGAGGCAUUCGUGAAGGGAAGGGCUGAUGAGCGCGGUUGGGAACAUGCUCAGACGGCCAGGUAGAGGUCAUCGCCCGCGAUUCUUCCAAUCAGUGCUUAGCGGAGGAAUUGGCUCGACAGCGCAGAGGAUAUCGCCACAAGAGGCUGUCUUGGUGAAACGUCUAGGCGGGUGCGGGGAAAGGUGUCUAUAUCUAUGUAUUACGAACCUCACAGUCGGGUAGAAUCCGCGAGGGGGGGCUAUUGCAGCCCCGGUGUU